AGGCCAGGCCCAGGUCCUGGUCCCUGUGUACUUGAUUAUGAGAUUGAUAAUGCCCGACAGGUGAAGAUCUCUGGGUGGGACGGACGGGGUCGCAUUUUUCCAAGGUUACUUAAUGAGGCCGAUGCUGGAGCUGGACUCGGCCUCUAUCGGACAUAUCAGAGUCCAGACAGUGUAUUCCCGGCCCCCUAGUCUGACAUGAACCCACGGGUCCCCUUCUCUCCGGGUUCCAGGUCAACAAGCAAGUGUAUCCAGUGUUAUUAGACCCAGGAUACCGACGCCCUUGCUUGUCCUGCCAAACUCCAGCAACAUAUCCAACCUCAACUCCCGUCUCACCUCCUCGGACAGGUGAGCAAGAUACUGUCCGGUAGGCGUGCUCAACAACAAGCCCGCCACGAUGGGCAUCCCGAACCGUGGACCAGAGCUGCAGGCUGUCUGCUACACACUGGUGACAGCGGCAAUCGUGGCCACUGUCCUGCGCUGCUACACGCGCGUCUACUUGGUCAAGAGCUUUGGCUUCGACGACUGGUGCAUGAUAUUUGCUCUGGCCACAUUUAUCCUCUUUGUCACCUGUGCUCUGGUCGGCGUCGAGCAUGGCACUGGCCGGCAUCGCGUCGACCUGGCAGAUGAAGACAUCAAAACCGCAAUGAAGUAUUGGUGGUUCUGCUACAUCUGGUACUGCCUCACCAUGAUCGCCUCCAAGAUCUCCAUCGGCUACUUCCUGCUCCGCAUCACCAUCCGCCGCACCGACGUGUGGAUCAUCUACGGCGUCAUGGUCAUCACCGUCCUCACCGGCAUGGUCUUUUUCUUUGUCACCAUGUUCCAGUGCACGCCCAUUGCCUACUUCUGGAACAAGGACCAGAGCGGCUCAUGCGUCAGCAUGGACGUCAUCAUCGCCCUCACCUACCUGUACAGCGCGUGCAGCGUCAUAUGCGACUUUACCUUUGCCAUCCUGCCCAUGGUCAUCAUCUGGACGCUGAACAUCAACAAGCGCAGCAAGCUUGCCCUGGUGCCCAUCAUGGCCAUGGCCUGCGUUGCGAGUGCCGCUGUUGUCGUGCGCUUUCCAUACGUCAUGAAGUUUAAGGAUCCCGACUUUCUAUGGGCCACCGUGGACAUCGCCAUCUGGUCCUGCACCGAGCAAGGCCUCGCCAUCACAGCCGGCAGUUUAGCCACCCUCCGCCCUCUGCUCCGAAACGUAGGCUACUGCUUCGGCCUCUCGACACCCGGUCCGACCGAGCUCCGCGACUCGAGCGGUCGUCUACCGUCGGGCACCAUUGGUGGCCAGGCAUCCCGCAAGAGCAAGGGGAUGCGGACGGAUCCGUUCAGCCUGACCGCCAUCGAGAGAGGGGACAGCAACGACAACAACUCCUCCGACGAGAACAUGGAGCGAGGCGUGUUUGGCAGCCGCCACCAAGAUGGACGGAUCGCCCCUUGGGAGGCGCAGGGACGAUCACACCACGGCAGCGAGGAGGGACUCGCACACGACACGGCACCGGCGUGGGAUGCGGACUGGAGGCACAAGAAUAUUGUGCAGGUGCAGAGUGUCACCGUCUCGUCCAGCCGUGCCUCGUAAUUCUUGACUUUAGCGUACUUUUUGAUGAUUUUUCAGCGAGCAACAUACAUACAUACGUAUACGGGACCGUGCAUGCCCGCUUUGGUUUUACUUAUUAUACUUGAAUUCAAAGUCUCAUCACAUUCAAA